UUAGCCUUUCUCCAAAGUUGCCGCCAUCAAUCUUCACUUUAUCCUGUUAUCCAUUGUUGAAACCACCGAGCAUCCUUACUCCCUGUAAACGCUCUGUUCUUGUGAUGUUUUUUUUUUUUUUUUUUUUCCUGGAGUGGGUUCUUGUGAGAUGGUGAAAGUCGAAUAGUGGUCAUGGACUUGAAGAAACUUGCAUUCGCAGAUCAGUUGUCUCAGUACGCAUCUCCUCCGAGAAAAAAAGCGGUUUCCGGCUGUGGGUUGGGCCUAGCAGCAGCAUUUAUCGUGGCGAGCGUUUUGGUCUUGAAUUUUUCAGUAAAGACUCCAUUUUUAGCCCCAGUGUUUCAGGGGCUUAACAGUUCCUGGUCUUUUUCUUUCUCAGGUGUUAGGUCUUGUUGUAAUAGUUCUAGUUCUAUUGAAGGGAGAACAGGAGAUUUUGGGGAUGCCCAUUUUGGGAAUUUCUCUGAGAAGUUGAGAAAUAAUGGAAGCUUUGGCAGUGAAGAGUUGAAGAAUGUGUCACAGAUCGAUAAAAGUGUCAACUUUACAACUGUUAUUACUAAAGGAAGUGCUUUGGAGAGCAAUGUGAGUGGAAGUUCCCUUGAAACUGGUAAAAAUGAAAGCAUUCCCAUUGAAGGGCUAUAUGGCCUUACAGAUGGAGUCCCUCAAAAUAGCAGUACUGACAAUAGAGGGGGUUUGUUUGUGGUUGAAAAUGGCACAAAUGCUCAAAAUGGAAGUGAGUUAUUGAGAAACUUCUAUGGGGAUUGUGAUAUCUAUGAUGGUGAAUGGGUAAGAGAUGAUACAAAGCCAUAUUAUCUUCCCGGUUCAUGCCCUUACAUUGAUAGGGAUUUUGAUUGUUACCUUAAUAAGAGGCCAGAUGAUAAGUACGUCAAAUGGAAAUGGCAACCCUAUGCUUGUGACAUCCCAAGCUUCAAUGCCACUGAUUUCCUGGAGAGGCUGAGGGGCCGGUCACUGGUCUUUGUUGGUGAUUCGUUAAAUAGGAAUAUGUGGGAAUCCCUUGUUUGUAUGCUUCGUGCUAGCAUCCAGGAUAAGAAGAGAGUUUUUGAGAUAUCGGGGAGGAGUGAAUUCAAAAAGAAAGGGUUUUAUGCAUUCAGGUUUGAGGAUUACAACUGCUCUGUGGACUUUGUUGGCUCUCCGUUUCUUGUCAGAGAAUCCUCUUUCAAGGGUGUAAAUGGUUCUUUUGAUACACUUAGAUUGGAUUUAAUGGACCCGACAACUUCGAUGUAUAAUGAUGCUGAUGUUAUAAUCUUCAACACUGGCCAUUGGUGGACUCAUGAGAAAACCUCUAGAGGGGAAGACUAUUACCAGGAAGGCAAUCAUGUGCAUGCAAGGCUCAAGGUUCUUGAAGCAUACAAGAGAGCACUUUACACUUGGGCUAGAUGGGUGGAUAAGAAUGUUGAUGCAAACAGAACUGAGGUUAUUUUCAGAGGAUAUUCAUCUACACAUUUCAGGGGAGGGCCAUGGAACUCUGGUGGACAGUGCCACAAUGAAACUGAACCAAUUUUCAACAAAAAACAUUUGGCAAAAUACCCAUCAAAGAUGAAGGUCCUCGAGCAUGUGCUUCACGAUAUGAGAACUCCGGUGAUGUACAUGAACAUCAGUAGGCUUACAGACUAUCGAAAAGAAGCUCACCCUUCUGUUUAUAGACCGGGAGGUCAAAGUGGUGGUGGCGUGCACGCUCAAGAUUGUAGUCACUGGUGCCUACCGGGAGUGCCCGAUACUUGGAAUGAGCUGCUCUAUGCAUCUCUAUUGAAGAGUGGAAGAGGUCCAUGGGGAAAUUGAUAUGAACCACCUGGUUUUAUGUAUUAUUCUUUCAUUUUAUUAUCUUAGUUCUCCCCCCUGGUUAGCAUUUUGAAGCCAUAUGUAGAAUGUAUCAUUUUUGUGCUCUUUCUUAUUCAGUUUGAUGCUCAUUUUGUAGUUCUGUAACACAUACAAUGUAUAAAACAUUCUUGAUUUUAUAUUAUGUAUUCUCUUCUUGCUA